AUUACAGAAAGGCAAAACGUGAUCGGGAGUCUAAUAUAUUUUACGAGUUGAAAUAGUCUCACAGCGAAGAUGUUCAAAAAGUUUGUUGCGAAAGAAAAUGUGUCUGGCGUGACGCAGAUGAAGUCCUCUGCCAUUCGUGGGGUUCGAGCAAAGCUAAUUGAAGAUUAUCCGGGAUUAGAAGAAUUUCAAGAUGUAAUUCUACCAAAGAAGGAGUCCUAUAACCUUGUCAAAUGCCAUGAGAGGAUAGAGAUCAUAGCAAUCGGAGGGGAACCGGUUUUCUUCAGACAACGGGAUGGACCCUACAUGCCUACUUUGAGGUUAUUACAUAAAUAUCCCACAAUACUACCAUGGCAACAAGUAGACAAAGGAGCUAUUCGUUUUGUGCUGAGCGGUGCCAACAUCAUGUGUCCAGGGCUUACUUCUGCAGGAGCUAAGCUAGCUCCUGCUGAGGAAGACUCAAUUGUUGCAAUAAUGGCUGAAGGCAAGACACAUUCUCUCUCAAUAGGUUUGAUGAAACUCUCCUCUGAAGAAAUCCACACGGUCAACAAGGGAAUCGGGAUUGAAAACAUCCACUAUCUCAACGAUGGUCUAUGGCACAUGACGCAGAUCAAAUAGCACUGGAAAAAACUUAACUGAGCUUUGUACGAGUCAUCAGCGAUGAGAGCGAGCGAGCAAGCAAUCAUGGAUGGAUGCGACAAACUAUGAUUUUCCAGCUGUCUUAUCGGAGACGUUGUUGACCAUCAUCAAAAGGGUACCAAUCACCUACAAAAAUAAUAUUUGUUCCACUACAAGAUAUAAAAUCAACCUCAAAAAAGCCUUUAUGUGGCAUUCUAUGGGUUAAAGGUCAAGGGUCAAGGAUAAUGAAGAAAGUAAAGGAUAAAGUUAAACCCAGUGCAUGGAACCUAAGUUGUUUUGGAUUUAGAAGAAAAACAAUUGUCGGCCCUUUUGCUAUGCAAAGGUGAACUUUAGCAUUGACUAGUCUACUCAUUGUACUUGCAGGUCACUUCAAAGUUUUUUGAGUGGGUAUUUUAAAUUUGCAAUAUAUCUUUAAUAAUAGAAAUGAUAUUUGAAGCUCACAUUGUGAAUUAAGUUUAUCGACAUGGAACCACCAACAUUAAGCGCAAAAUAUUUUUGGGUGAUUGGUACACUUUAAAGUAGUGUAAGGGAAAGAGAGAGAGACCGAGA